CAAGCUGCAGCUUCUGACGGUAAAAACAUACCAUAUGCAAAUUGAGAAACUGCGGUUCACGUGUUAGGUGCUGAAGGAAGAGGAACCUCGUUGGUUCUCUAUAAGGUAGUGCAGCGUUGUUGUUGUUCGGUCAAGCCUUUCAAUCAUCCGCCAAAGCUCAUUUGAACAAACCUGCUCUCCUUCUCUGCACUGACACAAGAACGGUGAUGAACGGAGUUUAAUGAUGGAGGAAGAUCUCAAUUAUGCUACUGUGGUUUUUAAAAAUGGUGGUAGUCCUCAGAAAGAAAACGAUGAGGACUCUACAAUUUAUUCUACAGUUAAAUCUAAAGUUCCUGCAGCGACUGGAACAAUAAAAGCAGCUGGAGGAACAGCAGCAGGUGGAGGAGCAGAAGCUGGAGGAGCAGCAGCAGGAGCAGCAGCAGGAGGAGCAGCAGCAGGUGGAGGAGCAGAAGCUGGAGGAGCAGCAGCGGCACACUCUCGGCACUUUGUCCUGCUGCUGGUGUGUUUGGGGAUUCUCUGCGUCCUGCUCAUGGCGUGCAUCGGCGUCAUCAUCUACAUCUGUGGGGUCAUGAAGGCCCAGGAAGCUGUCGCAGAAAACAUCAUCCACCUCGAGAAGGAAAAUCAUCAGCUGGUGAUGGAGAAAGAAAUCCUAGCGAACGAGACCGAGGUGCUGACCCGAGACAGAGAUGAUCUCAACAGGACGCUCGGAGUCAUCAUGACGUUCCAAGACUUCCCAGUCAAUAAAUUCUGCCCAGACAAAAAGUGUCAGCCGUGCCGGGAGAGUUGGAUUCCUUUCCAGGAUCACUGCUACCUGUUUUAUGAGCGAUCCGAUCCCUGGUACGAAUGGGAGGAAGCACGAACAUUUUGUCAAAACCGUGUUGCAGACCUGGUUGUUGUCGACAGUUUACAAGAGCAGGAAUUCAUCAAUAAUCACACCGAGUACUACUACGACUAUUUUCAUGGAUACUGGAUGGGAUUGCGUCAAAAUGAGGACAACAAGUGGAUCUGGAUUGAUGGACGCAAUGAGACUGAGGGGUACUGGAAUCAGACGAAAGUUCAUUAUGAUGGUAAAUAUGCGAUGACAUUCCCAACGCAUAAUGUGACAGCCAGCUGGGGCCCAGCAAGGGGGACGAUGAAGAACAAAUUCAUCUGUGAGCAUGAAGCCCUCAUCAGGACUCCAGUCAGUUAGCAUAUUGGGGUUUCUCGUUCCAAACUCUGCUGGCAAAUUUUAUUUUAUAAAACGGUUGCACCAGAGUUUGGAAAAUGUAAGUGCACACGCAGACACACAAAACAAUAGUGGAUACAACACAAGGAAAAAACCAAAGGCUGUUUGGCGUGCAAGUGUUCAUUCUAUAUAUAUAUGAUUUUGUGUUAACAUGUAGUGUUUUUAUUAGCUACUGUGUACGAUCAAUUUGGAAUGAAUAUAUUUCAAUAUGUGAAAAGUGUAAAGACAAGAAGCCUCAACCUGGUUUCCACCGAAGGUUUAAGAUCUGUUGCGAUGGAGGUUGGAGAUUUGACUUGUUUGUCAAUUUAAUAUCAAUGACUUUUGCUAAGACUAUCGAGUCUACUACUGAGUCACUGAUUUAGGAUUUGUGUUUUCGGAUCUCCAGUAAAAAUGUUUAAACUCUUGUAACAAAUAAUCUGUUCUCAUGUCCGACGUGUUGCAUGUUGCGCACAUGAAACUCCCGAAGUUUGUGUUUUGCAAAAUGCUGUCUGACACAAGUUAGUGGUUUUACAGAACUAAUGUCGAAAUGAAUUCUGCACGCUUCAUUUUACAGAGUCGGUGUUAAAUAAUACUGGAACAUGCAAUAAGGUUGUUUUGUCACAUUCGAGUCUAAACUGUUGUAAACUCAAGUGUUGACACACAAGCUGGUUUCCCUCCCGACCUGUCGCAACCUCUGAGUGGUGACAGGUACAGAGCCGAGGUCACAGGAUGUGUGACCACAACAGAGGAAAUAAUCAGUGGUUUUCAAGGUUGUAAGAUUCUGAACUUUAAAGGUCACAGUUUAAACAUUUAUAUACUGAUCCUGUUGAACUGAGAAUAUUUUUGGUGCUGUUUUAAACUGUUUUUCACUAUCGACAAACUGGAGACUUGAUAUGUGGAAGGUUGUUGUUUCUACAUGAUUUGUAAGUAAAUGUUUUCCUUUUGUAACUGGAACUCCUGCCAUUUAGAAUUUUUAGUAUGGAGAAUAAAGAAUAUGAAAUCUGUUAA